ACAGUACAGAUUAAGAUUCCCUUUCCCGGUUCUCAGUUCUCACCCCUUUCCCAAACACCCAAAAUAAUAAUAAAAAAACAUCACAAUAAUAAAUAAACAAUGACUUUCUCGCGUUUCACAGAAAGCUAACAACGCUAACACGCACGUAUAUGUAUCUAUCUAUGUGUGUGUUAGUGUGUAUUGUGUAAUGUGUAUUCAAUCACUCUAAGUUUCAAACUUUCAAAUGUCAGAGAGACAGAAGAUGGUGCCAACCAGCACUGAACUCCAACCGAGAGCACCUUGCAACCUUGUACUGUUCCUCUCUGCUCCUCCAACUACACUUCCACUUUCUGAUUUUGUAGAGUGUUUACUUGUUUGUUGAAGCAAGGAUCACUGUUGGAUUCGAUCUGUAUGAGUUUAAGGUUUGAUAUUUAUUUACCAUGGAGUGCUCAGAUACUAAGCCUGUGAAACCAAGCUCAAAUAAUAUAUCAGAAAUGGUGUACAAGUUUGCCAAAGUUUGUAAAUUGAAGUCUAUUGGGGUGUUCUCUUCCGAAAUCCCCAAUCUCCCUCACUUGCAAAGAUCCAUUUGCAAUGAGACCCUUCUGAGUGAAAACAGCAGUGAGGAGAACAGAUGCUAUGACCAAAAAGUGCAUCCCCACCCCAUUGAAGUUCCUGCCAAAGAGAAUGCUUGUGCUUGUUUGGAGGUCAUGAGGAAGAUGUUUGAUGCUGUUUCGGUGUUGAAAUUGGCAUACCUUCAGCUUCAGCAGGCUCAUAUCCCUUAUGACCCUCAGAAGAUUGUUGCAGCUGAUGACCUUGUUGUUGCUGAGCUUGAGAAGCUUUGCAAGUUCAAGCGCGAAUAUGCGCAGAAACACUGCAAGAAAGUGAGGUUCAAUGCCGCACGUUCUGCUCCUUUGAUGGCUGAAAUUGUGGCCAAAGAGGCACUUUUGGGGAAGCUUAAGUCUCAGAACAGUGCCAAAGAUUCUGAGAUUCUUCGGUUGUGGCGGGAGCUGCAAGAUUUGGAGAUGGGGAAUAAAAAUCUGAGCGAGAAGAUCAAGCAGAUAAGUUCAGAGAAAAGGAGAGCAGGUGUUUUGAGUGUUACUAAGUUUCAGGAUGUCUUCAAUGCUGCUUCAAAGUCCAUUCAUGAUUUUGCAAAACCGCUGAUUAGCUUGAUGAAAGCUUCGGGCUGGGACCUUGAUAGGGCAGCAAGUUCCAUUGAGAAUGGUGCUGUUUAUUCCAAAAGGUGUGACAAGAAGUAUGCUUUUGAGGCCUACAUUGCGCGCAGAAUGUUUCAUGGGAUUGUGUUAACCUCUUAUGAUGUGAGUGAUAUUAUGAAGUUUGGUGACCCUUUUGAUGCACUGAUGGAAAAUCCACAUUCAGAUUUUGCCAAAUUUUGUCAAGCAAAGUACCUUCUUGUUGUGCAUCCGAAAAUGGAAGAGUCAUUCUUUGGCAAUUUGGAUCACCGAACAUUCAUAAUGAGUGGCAAGCACCCUAGAACCGAGUUCUAUCAGUUGUUUGCUAAAAUGGCAAAAUGGGUUUGGGUUUUACUUGGAUAUGCUGUGUCAAUAGAUCCCGAAGCAACCCUGUUUUCGGUGAGUAGAGGAAGUGCGUUCUCCAGCUUGUUCAUGGAAUCUGUUGAGGAAGAAAAGGAGAGUGCAAUUCUUUCAGAUGAAGAUGAAGAAAGAGCGACACACAAAGUUCAGUUUAUGAUCAUACCCGGGUUUCAAAUUGGAAAUAUUGUGGUGAAGUCUCGAGUUUAUAUCUCGAAACAUUCUUCAAGCUAAAUGGUGGACCUUUUAACUGGUAAUUCAGCUAACAGAACCAAAUAAUUUUUGUACUAGAGAGAGUUCUUUUAAUGGUACCUUAGCUAGUCAAGAUAACCAUGACUACUAGGUUAUGCUAGAACUUCACCCACCAGUUCUAUGUUUGUAAUCUUUCCUAUUAAUUUGAGACCUGAGAUAUGUAGUAGUUACAUUACAGUGGUCUUAAAUUUCUUUCUGCACUGUAUUUUUUUAAAACCUUUCAAAUUUCUCUCUAAACUGUAAAUAUGUGUGCAUCUAAAACUGCCUUUCAUGAAUGCACUCUAGUUUAUUCCGUGGUCAUCACUCAUCAGUGGUGCUACAAAUUACUUUUGGCUUUUAUGUAAUCACCCUUACCAAGGUGAAACUCUAAUUCAGAUAGUAGAUCAACACCCAAAGCACCUAAGAAACAGUAUCCAAAUUUUGUCCUUA